AUGUCAACAUACAGCGAAAUCUCUUUAUUGCUAUGUCCCUUCCACAAAGACGAUCAGCUCAAUAGUGAGCUCGACACAUCGCUUGAUCAUUUACCAGGUCAUCCCCGGUCAGAAGACCUCGAAUCGAUAUCGGACAGACUUUGGUGGAUGUCGAAGCAGGACAGCGCUAAUAUCUCUCCGUUACACCGACAGCGAGUGAAGGGCCGACAAAUCAUAUAUAUAACGUCACACGCAUUCUGGGAUACAUUUAUGAGCGAUCCGUCUCAACAUGGUGGGACGGCAAAGCUCCGAAAGGCCGCGCUUGGGUAUCUACGAACUUAUUUCUACCUAAUUCAGUAUGAAUCAGAUUUACGAGUCGCACAAGAUCCGGCUCUCUGUCUGGUUCCUAAAGAAGUGACAUGGUCUCGAUUCUGCCACUUCACUGCCCGUUUCAAAAACAUCGCAGAAAAUGAAGUUUCGGGCCGAUAUCAUUAUGGGGAGAUCCGAUUAACCCGACUGAACUAUUAUGCGCCGAUUCUUUUAGGAAAAAGCCAUUACCAGCGUGAGAACUAUCAGUAUCGAGCGUAUUUUGCUCGAAUCCAAGGGCCCUUGAUAUCUGUAUUUGCUUUCUUUUCGAUUGCCCUGAACUGUAUGCAGGUCAGCCUCGCAGCAUCUUCUUCCGAUGAGGGAUAUUCGAGUGCUUGGUUGGUUUUAGGUUGCUACUGGCUCAGCACAUUGACCGGAUCUGCGACCGGCUUCCUUAUGCUGCUGUUAGUAUUUCUUUUCCUUUUCAAAGUGAUUAAGGAGUGGAAGUUUGCGAUAGCGUAUCGGCUACGGCGGAAAAACAAUCUAUAG